UAUGUCACAUAAAUAAGACCCAACGAGAAAGAAGAGGAGUUAUCCAAAUGGAAAAAAAAAUGAGCCUUCAACUCCCUGCCAUCAGAGCGUUUCCACCCUCCACUUUUCAACCCAGAAGCUCAUCUUCUUCCUCACGCUACAAUGGCACCCACCUUCAAUUUCCUAGGCUUUAUCGUUUAUCUACUGCAGUUUCUACUCACAAAAACAACAUGCAUAUUGCUUGCUGUUUACCGCAGCGGCCUCAGGUAAAAAAUAAUCUUUUGGGAGAAGAACUUACAAACGAGUUCCUAAUCAAACUCUCUACCUUCGCGGAAUUGGGAAUUCUACUCUCAACUGCGGUUGAUUUGCCAGCUCGAGCCCUAGAGGUGGAUCUUAGUGAGGAUUGGAUUUGGACAUGGAUUGAAGGGGGGGCUGUUGCAUUUUGGUACUUGUUUAUUAUGCCGCCAGUGAUAAUGAAUUGGCUUAGGCUUCGGUGGUACAAAAGAAAAUUUUUCGAGUUCUACUUGCAAUUCAUGUUCGUGUUCAUCUUCUUCCCUGGCCUGAUGUUGUGGGCACCAUUCAUCAACUUUAGAAGACUACCACGAGAUCCCACGAUGGAGUAUCCAUGGUCUACGCCCAAAGAUCCAUCUGUGAAAGAUCCCCAAUCCUCUCCAUAAAACAUAGCUAUUAUGUAAUAUGUUUAUGAUUUGAUGUGUAUGAAUAUCAUCUCUUGACUUCAUUAGUAAAACUGACUUUCGACCUUUUUAAUUUC